AUGAGAUUCACCACAGCCCUGCUGGUCUCCUCCGCCGCCGGCAUAUCUCUAGCCGCACACGAAGCCGUCACAUUCGCCUGGGCCUCACCCGCCGAGACGACUGUCGUCCCAGCCAUGGUGGAGAGCUCAUCCAGCAGCUCGGCCAUGAUGCACGUUGCCAGCACGAGUUCAGCAGCAAUGGCGCACACAGCAAUGACAAGUUCUGCAAUGGCCGCCGAGGCCACAAGUGCUGCUGCUAUGACUACAGCUAUCGGCGCAUAUACAGCUUCCAUGGCUGCGCCAGCAGCUUCGGGUGGGCCAGCAACACACACUGUUACUGUCGGCGGCACCGCAGGCUUAGUCUAUGCGCCCAGCCAGAUCGUAGCAGCGGUAAACGACGUGGUCCAAUUCGUGUUUAUGUCGCAGAACCACACAGUGACAGAGUCAACCUUUGCCCUUCCCUGCAACAAGAAGGCGGCCGACGCACCGGACUCGGGCUUCAUGGCGAACCCAAACAACACUAUUGUGCCAGCCCCAACAUGGGAGUACACCGUGACGGGCACGGAGGCGACCUGGUGGUACUGCAAGCAGCGGACGGGCACGCACUGCGGCAAGGGAAUGGUGUUUGCCAUCAACCCGACCGUGGAGAAGACGUUCGACACUUUCAAGGCUGCGGCCAUCAUGCUGAACGGGACUGCCGCCACGACGACCGCGAGUGCCACUGCCGCCGAGACGACCGCCGCAGGGACAGUUACGCUGAUUGCCUCGACGACGAGCCAGCUGACGGAUGCGGUGGCAACGGCCACGGGGGGUGCUGCGCCGAUCCAGACCGGGUGGAACGAGGGUGGUGCUUCGUGCCAGUGCGCGUGCUUUUGUGGGGUUGCGGCGUUCCCGCAGGGGGAUGGAAUUGGAGCUUAUGGUGGUUAUGGAGGCUCUCUUCCCGCUCCUUGGUAG